AUGUCAGCUCCUGGAGAAGAAGAAUAUUAUGAUGAAGACGAUGUUUACGGAUUUGAAGAUGAAAACGCUCCUAUCACAGCGGAAGACGCCUGGGCAGUUAUUUCUUCAUUUUUCCGUGAAAAAGGUUUAGUAUCCCAACAAUUGGACUCUUUCAAUCAAUUCGUCGAUUAUACUUUGCAGGAUAUCAUUUCUGAAGAUUCCACUUUGAUUCUAGAACAAUUAGCACAACAUACCACUGAAACUGAUAAUGUUAGUAGGAAAUAUGAAAUCGGUUUCGGGAAAAUUUAUGUUACCAAACCGAUGGUUAAUGAAUCUGAUGGUGUUACUCAUGCCUUAUAUCCACAAGAAGCACGUUUACGUAAUUUGACCUAUUCUUCUGGUUUAUUCGUUGAUGUGAAAAAGAGAACUUACGAAGCUGUCGAUGUUCCAGGAAGAGAGUUGAAAUAUGAAUUAAUUGCAGAGGAAUCUGAAGAGGAAAGUGAAAGUGGGAAAGUCUUCAUCGGUCGUUUGCCUAUCAUGUUAAGAUCAAAGAAUUGUUACUUAAGUGAUGCCACGGAGUCAGAUUUAUAUAAACUAAAAGAAUGUCCUUUCGAUAUGGGUGGGUAUUUCAUUAUUAAUGGUUCUGAAAAAGUUUUAAUCGCUCAAGAACGUUCAGCAGGUAAUAUCGUACAAGUCUUUAAGAAAGCAGCCCCAUCCCCAAUUUCACAUGUCGCAGAAAUUAGAUCAGCAUUGGAAAAGGGUUCCAGAUUUAUUAGUACAUUACAAGUUAAAUUAUAUGGUCGUGAGGGAAGUGACGCUCGUACAAUCAAUGCAACUUUACCAUACAUUAAACAAGAUAUUCCAAUCGUUAUUAUCUUUAGAGCACUUGGUAUUAUCCCUGAUGGUGAAAUCUUAGAACAUAUUUGUUACGAUGUUAAUGACUGGCAAAUGUUAGAAAUGUUGAAACCUUGUGUGGAAGAUGGUUUUGUCAUCCAAGAUCGUGAAACUGCCUUAGAUUUUAUUGGUCGUCGUGGUACUGCAUUAGGUAUCAAGAAGGAAAAGAGAAUUCAAUACGCAAAGGACAUUUUACAAAAGGAAUUUUUACCUCAUAUUACUCAGUUAGAAGGGUUUGAAAGUAGAAAGGCAUUUUUCCUUGGUUAUAUGAUUAAUAGACUAUUGUUGUGUGCUUUGGACCGUAAAGAUCAAGAUGAUCGUGAUCAUUUCGGUAAGAAAAGAUUAGAUUUGGCUGGUCCAUUAUUAGCAUCUCUUUUCAAGACUCUAUUCAGAAAAUUAACAAAAGAUAUUUUCCGUUACAUGCAAAGGACUGUGGAAGAAGCUCAUGAUUUCAAUAUGAAAUUGGCUAUUAAUGCCAAGACAAUUACAUCAGGUCUUAAAUAUGCCUUAGCCACUGGUAAUUGGGGUGAACAGAAAAAGGCCAUGUCAUCAAGAGCAGGUGUUUCACAAGUGUUGAAUCGUUAUACUUAUUCCUCUACCUUAUCACAUUUGAGAAGAACUAAUACGCCGAUUGGUCGUGAUGGUAAAUUAGCCAAACCUCGUCAACUACAUAAUACACAUUGGGGGCUGGUCUGUCCUGCAGAAACACCUGAAGGUCAAGCGUGUGGGUUAGUCAAGAAUUUAUCGUUAAUGUCAUGUAUAUCUGUUGGUACCGAUCCAAUGCCAAUUAUUACUUUCUUAAGUGAAUGGGGUAUGGAACCAUUAGAAGAUUACGUUCCUCAUCAAUCUCCAGAUGCUACCAGAGUGUUCGUUAAUGGUGUCUGGCAUGGUGUUCAUAGAAAUCCAGCUAGAUUAAUGGACACUUUGAGAACGUUGAGAAGAAAGGGUGAUAUUAAUCCGGAAGUCUCAAUGAUUAGAGAUAUUCGUGAAAAGGAGUUGAAAAUCUUUACAGAUGCAGGUAGAGUGUAUAGACCAUUGUUCAUUGUUGAAGAUGAUGAAACUCUUGGUCAUAAAGAAUUGAAGGUAAGAAAGGGUCAUAUUGCCAAGUUAAUGGCUACUGAAUACCAAGAUAUCGAAGGUGGGUUUGAAGAUGCCGAAGAAUAUACAUGGACUUCAUUGUUGAACGAAGGUCUUGUGGAAUAUAUCGAUGCAGAGGAAGAAGAAACGAUUUUAAUUUCAAUGCAACCAGAAGAUUUGGAACCACCAAUGGAAAAUGAAGAAGUUAUAGAUGAUAUGGACCCUGCCAAACGUAUUAGAGCCACACAACAUGCUACAACAUUUACACAUUGUGAAAUUCAUCCUUCUAUGAUUCUUGGGGUUGCCGCAUCAAUCAUUCCAUUCCCUGAUCAUAAUCAAUCCCCACGUAAUACAUAUCAAUCUGCGAUGGGUAAACAAGCCAUGGGUGUUUUCCUUACGAAUUAUAAUGUUCGUAUGGAUACAAUGGCAAACAUUCUAUAUUAUCCACAAAAACCUUUAGGUACAACACGUUCAAUGGAAUAUUUGAAGUUCAGAGAACUUCCUGCUGGUCAAAAUGCUAUCGUGGCUAUUGCUUGUUAUUCAGGUUAUAACCAAGAAGAUUCCAUGAUUAUGAAUCAAUCAUCUAUUGAUCGUGGGUUGUUUAGAUCGCUAUUUUUCAGAUCCUACAUGGAUCAAGAAAAGAAAUACGGUAUGUCUAUUACUGAAACAUUUGAAAAACCACAACGUACCAAUACAUUGAGAAUGAAACAUGGUACAUAUGAUAAAUUAGAUGAUGAUGGGUUGAUUGCACCAGGUGUUAGAGUUUCUGGUGAAGAUAUAAUUAUUGGUAAGACUACACCAAUAUCGCCGGAUGAAGAAGAAUUAGGGCAAAGGACCGCAUAUCAUUCUAAGCGUGAUGCAUCAACACCUUUGAGAAGUACAGAAAAUGGUAUUGUUGAUCAGGUUCUAAUAACAACCAAUCAAGAUGGUUUGAAAUUCGUUAAAGUCCGUGUCAGGACAACUAAAGUUCCACAAAUUGGUGAUAAAUUUGCAUCUCGUCAUGGUCAAAAGGGUACCAUUGGUAUUACAUACCGUAGAGAAGACAUGCCAUUUACUGCGGAAGGUAUUGUUCCAGAUUUAAUCAUUAAUCCACAUGCUAUCCCAUCUCGUAUGACAGUGGCGCAUUUAAUUGAAUGUUUGCUAAGUAAGGUUGCUGCUCUAUCUGGUAAUGAAGGUGAUGCAUCUCCAUUUACUGAUAUUACAGUGGAAGGUAUUUCCAAAUUAUUGCGUGAACAUGGUUAUCAAUCUCGUGGGUUUGAAGUUAUGUAUAAUGGUCAUACAGGUAAGAAACUAAUGGCGCAAAUCUUUUUCGGUCCUACUUAUUAUCAACGUUUAAGACAUAUGGUCGAUGAUAAGAUUCAUGCCAGAGCUCGUGGUCCAAUGCAAGUUUUAACUAGACAACCUGUGGAAGGUAGAUCAAGAGAUGGUGGUUUAAGAUUCGGUGAAAUGGAACGUGAUUGUAUGAUUGCUCAUGGUGCUGCUGCAUUCUUAAAGGAAAGAUUAAUGGAGGCAUCAGACGCCUUUAGAGUUCAUAUUUGCGGUAAUUGUGGUCUGAUGUCCGUUAUCGCCAAAUUAAAUCAUAACCAAUUUGAAUGUAAAGGUUGUGAUAACAAGAUUGAUAUCUAUCAAAUUCAUAUUCCAUAUGCAGCCAAAUUGUUAUUCCAAGAAUUGAUGGCCAUGAAUAUCACUCCUCGUUUAUACACGGAACGUUCGAGAGAUUUUUAA